UUUCGUUUCAUAUUAUUGUUUUAUAGUUUUCUUAAAAUUAAUCUUAAAUAAUGACAGUUGCUAAAAGGUUUGUUCCUCUUUUUGAUAGAGUUUUGGUAUCAAAGAUAAAGCCUGAACAUAAAACAAAAUCCGGUAUUUUAUUGCCAGAUUCCGCCAAUCUAACUUCCAGAAUGGCCAAAGUUGUGGCAGUUGGUAAGGGUAGAGUUAAUUCUAAAGGUGAAAAGGUUGACCCCGUUUUAAAAGUCGGUGACACAGUUGUUAUCCCUGAAUACGGCGGGAUGGAUUUAAAGUUUGACGGUGAAGUCUUUACUGCUUAUCGUGAGGACGACAUUAUUGGUACUUAUAACUAACAUUAAUACUAAUAUACUGUACUGUAUAA